AUGUCACUUUUCCGCUAUAAUCCUCGCGAUUAUUUCUAUACCUCACCGAUGGAACGUUUCAUAGUAAAUCUCCUCUACAGCACAUUUGAUGACAGAUCUUCAUAUCGAUCGCCUCAAAGUGUUGCACCAUACUGGCUACAUCAGCCGGCGUUGAACGAAUGUAAUAUUGGAAAUGCGCUUGGCGAG